AUGGACAUUUAUUAUUAUUAUUUUAUUUUUAUCUUACUUAAUCAGUUCUCAAUUAUAAAUGGUCAAUUUUAUUUAUCAAAAAUAUGCUUUAUGACAUUUGAUAAUGCAACUGUAACAUUUAAUCCUUCGUAUCCAAAUGCGAGUGUAUUAAUAUGUCCAUCAUCAUGUUAUACAAUGAGAUACAUAUCUAAUCAAGAAGAAUAUCCAAUAUUUGGUAAUGAAACAUAUUCUGGAAAUUCAUUGGUAUGUAAAUCAGCAAUGCAUGAUGGUCGUCUUGCUCCAUGGAAUGGAGAAAAUUCUCCUGUAUUAAUUCAAAAUAACUCUAGUAAAUCAUCGAUAUUUGUUAGUACGCUUAGAAAUGGAAUUCUUUCAGCUAAAUCAACAUCAUUAUCGUUAAACAUUUAUAGAUUUGUUAAUAAUCGAAUAAAUGAAACAUCAAUAGAUGAUAUUGCUAUUGAACAACGAGCAUUUCUUUAUAAAAAAGAUGAACCAUCAAGUAUAACAUGUAGAAGUAAAACUGAUUUAAAUUCAAUUGAACCAAUUAAUAUUGAUCAUGGAUGGAAAACUUGGGUUGACAAUCGUUUAAAAUAUUUUACAUUUCCAUGGAAUAUGACAAGAGAUCAAGCAUUAACAUUCUGUUCGAAUAAUAAUGCAACAUUAAUCUAUUGGUUUAAUUCAACUGAACAAGAUAUCCUUCAAAAUACACUUACAACAACAAUUUAUCAACUAUUUCGUAAUCAACGAGAUUCAACUGGAAAUAAUACACUUACUUUUUAUAUUGGUUUAAAAAGAAUAAAUCGCAUCCAAUUUUGGGAAUCAAAUAUAACUAAUCCAAAUGAUGAACGUUUCGAAAUAAAAGUUAAUUCAGUUAAUAAUGAUGAUGAUUAUUGUACAAUAAUUCAAUCAUCUGGUGGAAAUCCUCAAAUAUUUGGAAUAUAUUCUCAUAAAUGUGAUGAUCAAUCUAUAAGAGGUUAUCCUCUUUGUAGACUUAUUCCAUCAGUUAUUGACCAACAAAAUGAUUUUAUUUAUCGUCUUGAAACUGAUAGUCAAUCAGGAAAUUUAACAGGUGUUAUCGAUUUUUGUUCUGAACUAGGUGGUUAUCCAAUUUAUGCUAAUAAUGCUUAUGAAUGGCAAUUAAUUCAAGAAAUAAUGUUAAAUGACAAUAACUUUAAUUCUGAUUAUGCUUAUACUGGCUUAAUAUCUCAAAGUAAACAAAUAAAUGAUGCAUAUUGGAUGCCAAAAAAUAUUUCAUAUAAUAAUUCAUUGAAUUAUAUAUGGUUUGCAUCUUCAAGAGGUGCAGAUAGAAUUGGUUUUCAUUUAUCAAAAGCUAGAGAUGAAUCCUAUUAUGCUUUAUAUGAUAUUAAUCCAUAUACAACUUUAAAUAGGCUAAGAUUUUGUCGAAAAGAUGAUAUUCGACCAUUAAUAAAACAAUCUUCAUCGUGUAAUUAUAAACAAUGUUCAUCAAACUGUUUAAAUAUAACACUUCCAAGUCAAACAGAUAAUUUAAGAUUUGGUUUUUAUGGUUGUUUUCCAAAAAAUAGUUUAGCAUCUAUUGUUUAUACACAAUCAUUUUCAUCUGAUGGCUAUUUCGUUCGACCAACAUUACCAAUGGAGUAUGGCGUUGCACUUCGUAGAAGUUUUAAUGAAUCAUUAAUAUUUAAUUUUGUCCAAAUUGAUAAAGAUCUUCUUUAUGCUUGUUAUGAAUAUUUAAAUUUCGAUAAGAAUUCACCAUCAGAUGAUACAAUUCAAUUAACUUGUGAUAGAUCAAAUACAAAUAAUAAAACAAUUAGUGGAAUUAAGCUAAAAAAAGAUUUUAAUGGUUUACUUUCAAUUGCUUUGGAAGAACGGAGAAUGUCUGCUCAUCAUACAAGAUUUAUUGAUUAUUCAGAUUCUGGAAGUCGAUGUCGUUAUCAAGGAAUUCAUCAUCCAUAUAUAAAUCAAUGUAUUUGUUCGCCUGGAUUUUAUGGCAAUGAAUGUCAAUAUAGUUGUCCAUCAGGUUAUUAUGGUCAAAAUUGUGAUUUUCAUUGUUCAGGCGAUGAUGAUUAUUGUAAAGGUUUAUUAAUUUGUUUACCUGAUCCAUAUGGAUGUUCUUGUUAUUCGGGUUGGUAUGGAACAAAUUGUAAUAUAAGUUGUCCAUCGAAUCGUUACGGACCUGAUUGUUCUUAUAUAUGUUCAUGUCCUUCUUGUAAUCGAUUUUCUGGUAUUUGUAAUUGUAUUGGAACUGAAUGUUAUCAAGGUAUUUACACUCGUAGUGAAAUAGAUUCUCGUUGUUCAUCAUCAUCACCAAAUCUGGCUUUAUUAAUAUCUGUUCCAAUUGUUAGUGUUGUUGUUAUUGUGGGAAUAAUAGGUGGAUUAUUAUAUUGGAGAAAAAAACGAUCGACAGAUGAAGAACAUUUAUUUGAAAAUUCAACUGUUCGUUUUUCAUCGGAUUCAUAUAGACCAUCAAUCGAACAAAAUCAAUUUCAAAAAGAUUAUAAUAAUAUUCUUAGUGAACGUCUGUGA